GUAGGAUACUGUUAUUGCUUUACAAGCUAUGUCCAAGUUUGCUACAAUUAUUUACAAAGAUGAGUUGGAUUUGGAAGUAGGAGUUGAAAGUAGUGGAUUUGAAAAGAAGAUCAUGCUUACAAAAGAUAACAGUAUUUUGAUGCAGACUUUCCGUCUGCAAACUGUCCCCAGUCCAGUGGAUUUUGAGGCUACAGGAAGUGGUUGUGGUCUUGUACAAACAUCCCUUCGUUACAAUGUUAACACACCACCUCCAAGAAAAGGAUUUCAUCUGGAAGUUACUGUAAAGAGAGGCCUGUAUCGUGACUGUAUUAAUGCCCACAUUGCUACCUGUGUAAAGUAUGAUGGUAAAGGUGGUGUAUCUAACAUGGCCGUACUGGAGAUGAAGAUGGUUUCUGGAUGGAUACCUGAUGAAGAAAGCAUUAAAAAUAUUAUGGAUAGAGAAGAGCUAAAUCUGCGUCGUUAUGAGGUGGAUGGAAAUCAACUAAACUUGUACUUUUCAGAGGUAAAAUUGUGUUACAUUAGCACAAACAUUCUCUUGUUUAGUAUGUUAAGUAUUUAUUAAUACAAGGGGAAAAGC